UUCGGCUCAGUAAACCAACUGAACAUCCAGGAGUUGUUAAAAGGAGAAGAGCUUCGGAUUGUUUACCUACUUUAUCCGUGAAAGAUUUUCUUGUAUGCUGUUGGUUGACUUCGACAUUACGUCUGCGGCAUCUUUGGAUAUUUCGUUAUAGUUUCCAUUCGUAAACUUUGGAUAUUAGUGUAACCAAAAUGCGCCUGAUCCAGAACAUGUCUACCAUUGCGGAGUACCCGAGUGCUGAAUGCCCGUCCAGCCGGGUCAUUAAGAUCGCAGUUAUCGGAGGCAGUGGGGUUGGAAAAACCGCACUGGUGGUUCGUUUCCUUACCAAGCGAUUUAUCGGUGACUACGAGAGAAACGUCGGAAACCUGUACUCCAGAGAGGUGCAGAUCGACGGAGAUAAAGUAGCCAUUCAAGUUCAAGACACACCGGGAGUUCAAGUGAAUGCCAAUGGAUUGAGCUGCACCGAUCAUGUUGCCCGCUCCAUUCAGUGGGCAGACGCUGUAGUUAUGGUCUAUUCUGUGACAGACUGUCGAAGCUUUGACCUCAUUGGACAGCUCCAUCAGCUCGUUAGCCGCACUCAUAUGGACCGGUCCGGCACCUUUCCCAUCAUCCUGGUUGCCAAUAAAGCCGACCUUCUCCACGUGAGGCGGGUGGAUGCUCAAGAAGGUCCGCUGUUGGCCUCGGUGUUAGGCUGCUCCUUCUAUGAAGUGUCUGCUAGUGAGGACUACAGCCAAGUCCAAGGUGCCUUCCACCGAUUGUGCAUGGAUUUGGCCAAGCAGCAGCCUCCGCUCGUGCAGUCUCAGAUGGCAAUCAAUGCAUCUUCUUGUGGGACAGAAAAGAAAAGAUCCCCUCUCAUCCCACGACCCAAAUCCCCCAACAUGCAGGACUUGAAAAGGCGCUUCAAACAGGUGCUGUCUGCCAAGGUCCGUACCGUCACAUCCGUGUGAAGGUUUGAGGAAGGAAUGUUCCUGAAAAAAAGCCAAAGUGCGGGAUUGAGAGAGGAGGCUCUAAAGAGAAGGGAUCUUGAGAGCAACAAUGCUGAAUGUAUAGGUCUCGCUCCUUUGAAGUCCCCAGGUCCUGUUGUUGAUCGCAGACCAGCUACAAACAGAGGCCUUUGAACCUUGACCUCUGAUUGUGCCACGGUUGCCGAAAACCUUAGCCUGGUUAACACUCGACAAUCUCAGUGGUACUUGUUGCUGUCGCGUAUAGCUAUGUGGACACAGCUGAAUUCUGGGAGAUGUUUUGGCGCCUUAAGAGGGACAAUGAUGGACAUGAACUGAAUGAAACACAUACACUAUUAAAAUACACUUUGAUGCCUUACCUGUGAAUUUUUAGAUGCGUUCUCAUGGCAACAGAGACCGAAGGCCACAUGACUAUUUUAAGAAUUGCAUUUCUGAAAGGCAAGAGAGUUUUUAUGUGGUCAAGGCUCUCACCUCUUCCUGCAGAGGCGGUCUGAAUGCAGGCAUUGUUAAAGGAUAAGGCACUCAAACUAGGCAAACAAAAGUGUGUGUGUUUAUCUCUUGCUCCGUCUACAGUCCAAUUCAUGUGUACGAGGUCAGAAUUUUUUUUCUGGUUUUGUGUAAAACUGUACUUUGUGCCACUUUUCUAUGGUGGAGUAGAAGACUUGUUUUGUAAAUGCACUUUAAAAAAAAGCCAAGGGGCUAGAGCUCAGAGUUAUUUAUUUAUUUGAUCAUUUUGUCAUUGAAAAAUAAAGAUUUUUAAGUAACA